AAAGAUCAUAUAUGGUCUUACUCAAGAUGAAGGAAAGAAGAAAAAUGCUGAAGUAUUCUUUGAUACAAAGGUUACAAAUGCCAUUAUUACAGUUCUAGCAUACUAUGAUUUGAAGUAUUUUGAUUUCCAAAUAACUGUCAAUAACUUUUCAAUUCUUCAAACAGUUUAA